AUGGCGAUUUCGGAAAUGUGUAGCGCCGAGAAUAUUAUGGGCUCCAAAUUGAUGAUUUCCGUUAAAAUGCCGAACAAGGACGAGCCGUUAUUGAAAGAAGACACACCUGAACCAUCGAAACAGACUAAAGGCAGUUCGCUUAAACAGAUCCUUGUCGCCUUAUCAGCUAACUGGGGCACCAUAAACACUGGGCUCGUGUUCGGCUACACCGCCGUCAGCUUACCCCAACUUAUGAUGGCCGGGUCCAGGAUUACAAUCGACAGACACCAAGCCUCUUGGAUAGCUAGUGUGUCGACAAUCGGCACGCCGUGCGGUUGCAUACUGGCCAGCUACUUCACCGACUUGUUGGGCCGCAAGAAGACCUUAAUCGCCUUACAGUUACCAGCUAUCGUCGGAUGGUUGAUGGUGGGUUUCGCAACGACAGUCCCGUGGAUUUACGCGGGAAGAUUCCUGGUGGGCCUGAGUUCCGGCAUGGUCGGCUCGCCGUCCCGUGUGUACACGUCUGAAGUGUCACAGCCACACCUUCGUGGCAUGUUGUCCGCGUUUGCAUCUGUUGGGACGUCUUUGGGCGUCAUGUUGGAGUAUUUGUUCGGUUCAGUAUUAAACUGGGACACGUUGGCGUUGUUCAACGCCACGAUGCCCGCGAUCGCACUGCUCUUGGCCUUCUUCAUACCGGAAUCGCCGUCGUGGCUGAUAUCGUCCAAGAACGACGAGAACCGGUGCCGGGCCAGCCUAAGACGGGUACGAGACAGUAAGUGCGACGUGGACACUGAAGUCAACGACUUGCUCAUGUUCUCCAGAGCAGACGAGUUAACUUCGUUCAAGGAGAAGGUCCGACUCAUCUGCCGGCCGACUGCGUACAAGCCGUUCGUGAUCGUCUCCAUCUAUUUCCUGCUCAGCCAGUUCUCCGGACUGAACGUGGUCACAUUUUACGCGGUCGACGUUAUACGGGACUCGGGUUCUACUAUCGACAAGUACGUGGCCACCGUCGUACUGGGAAUCAUUCGGUUGGUAUUCACUGUGCUUGGUUGCAUGAUGAUGUGGCGACUAGGCCGAAAGCCUCUCUCCUACAUAUCCAGUGUGGGGUGCGGAAUAUCGAUGCUUUGCUUUGCCGGCUACAUGUACCAGAACAUCACUUGGACAGAAGCCGGGCAGCCCGCCUCGGCCACGUGGUUCCCGAUCAUGAGCCUGUUCGUGUUCUACGCCUGUUCGACCAUCGGCUAUCUAAUCGUGCCGUGGGUGAUGAUCGGCGAGGUGUUUCCCAGACAGAUCCGGGGCAUGCUCGGCGGCGUGGCCACGUGCGUCGGCCAUUUCUCCAUAUUCAUCGUGCUCCAGACGUACCCGCUCCUCCAGGAGCUGGUCGGCAAGUCCGGUACGUUCGCAGUGUACGGUGUCGUGUCUAUACUCAGCACCAUAUUUUUCUACUACUUCUGUCCGGAGACCAAAAACAAGACGCUGCAAGAGAUCGAGGAGUCGUUCUGCAGUAAGAAGAAACCGAAAAGACCCGUAGUCCUCAACGUCAACGCUACAGCCACAGCCACCGUCCAAUGCAACAACAACAAAAAAUUAGUGUUUCCCGAUAUUGUUUUCAAUUUGCCGAAACGCGAGACCAGUGUGAUUGUGUGA